UUCGCUCGACCGAAUAAAAAUCGUGGCGUCCUACUUAUAAGAUAUUCUACGGCAAUGUUUUUGUUUUAGUUGAUCUUACGACUUCAGCUUCGAAGGACAGCUCUAGGACAAAGAGUCAGCAACGCUAACCGGCGAGUUUUGCUGCAUGUUUUGGAUGCAAAACAGAAAUUUAUAAGGCUAACGAUCCAGAAACGAGUUCAACUAUGUUUUCAAAGAUCAUCACCGUUUUGUUUGCUGUUAACGUUAUCUCUGCUGCGAACGGAUUCAUUAAUUCCAAGUUACGGGUGCUUGAACCAAUUUUAAAGUGUUAUGAGGGAACCGCCCCUGAAUUUGCCGGCGAGAAGGCAAUGGCAGCACGCCUCAAUCUGGAUUCAGACGCCAACGACCUUAAAUUGUCGUGCCUAGCAAUUGGGGAAUAUGAUACUUGCUUGGCAGACGUUCUCGAGAAAACUCCAUCUCCAGUCCCAAACGUUUUUCUGUUCUAUGGUGCUGAGGCUUAUCAAACCUCUUAUCUUCUCAAGAAAGCAAACCUUUGUCCAGGGAUAAAGUACGAUGACCUUGAGAGAAUUGUGUUGAACUCAGGUAUAAUGGAGAAAGAAGGGCUCUCAAACAUUGAGAAUGAUCGCUAUCACAAAUGCGCUGGAGAUGCCAUGAAGAAGUGCUUGGUUGAAAGCAUGCAAGUGUCUGAGCAUGAGCAGGGAGACCCUGACGCAGGGGAUGAUGCAGAUGAUGAGUAUAUUCGUUGCAUAGAAGAACAGUCAAAGACCUGCAAUCACCCCAUUAUGCGCCACUUAUUUGAAGAGAUAAAAGCGUACAAGAAAAAUGUCAAGCAGUUGGAAAUGCUUGAAUCAGAAGAGCAACAGGGAUAGAAAUUUCGAGCCUUUGAAUUUCCACUUUCGUGACCAUGUUACUGCAAUCAUCGUAGAAGAAAAUAGAGCAAGUUUACAUCACGUUCAAUUUUUGUCGCAUUGAUAAUUAAAAAGACUUAGAAAUAACUGAAUUUAUGCACUCUUAAGACGAAACCUCAACAUCCUUGCGCUAACAACGCCCAGGGAAUCAGUCUUUUGAAGACGGCGGGCUCGAACUCCUCCUCCGGGGAUCGGGUGGGGGCAAAAUAUUUACUAAAUACCCCACCGUAAAGUCUCCUGAUGCAAACGUUUAGCUUCAUACUGUAGCCAUUCGUGCUUUUCGGUGAGCGAUGCCAGUUAGUUAUACCUUUAAAACUAUUCAAAUUUAUCAUUCAACACAUUGUGACAAUACAAUGUCAAAAUAUGGUCGUGGCUCUCUCAAUAUUCUUCGUGCGUACCCAACGGAUAUCCCGCGAUAUACGCCAUUUCGUGUGUCGUGGAGAAAAAUGGCGGAUUUUUAAGCUUUUCUGCAAAUUGACAAACUGAAUAAAUUGUACUUUGCGAUCAAUGCGUUGGGUAAUGAAACAGUUAUCCUGCUCAAUCCUGCGGAUACCUUCUGAAGUACGUCUGUCGACUUUAGUCAGUCUUAUUGAGGCUCUUGGCAGUCUCCCCGAUGAAAGAGUUGUGGCGGUCGGAGCACUCGAUCUUGUUGUUCGGUUUGUCCCUGUUGAUCGAAAACUGGCGUAGCGGAGCGAUCGAUAUAUUUGAAAAACAUAUUGACCAACCUGAACAACCUAACAAUACCAACUGAAAAAAAAAAAAAAAAACCAAUCACUACCAACUCAUGCCACUUGAAUCCUACAGCAAAACUGACCAAUCACCUCACGACAACCGUACUUUCUGCACUUGACUGACAACACCUUUUCACUUGACUCAUAUGAUGACUUCCGCUAAGAUUGUAGAAAGGUCAGUUACUUAUACCGGCAACGUCCAACCAUUGCUUUUCCCUUUCAGAUCACUAGAGAAACACUGUAAUCACUAGAUACUCGCAAGAUUCAGAGGGAAAAAUGCUAAAGCGAGGCGAGGUUGGGUUUCUUCCCAACUAGUUUAAGAAUGAGAUACAAUGAAUAUAUGAAGAUCAUAUAUUUUGAACUGCGGUAUUAGAUACGUAUGAAUGCGACCAUUUAUUCCCACUGAAAUCCUUACAUGUCGCCCAUUAUGCGACAUAACAUUAAUCCCUGAUAUUAUCAGCUUCAUUCAAGCAGAAAUUUCGCUGCCUGAGAAGGACAUUCCCCGGUUUAUUUUUAAUGUGGAAAAACGACAUAGCACGGAUCGCAAAGUGAUAUGUUGAUUUUAUUCUCAAUUUGGUAAGGAAAAAAGGUGCAUUUUAUCGAAACCCAAAAUCGCAAGAAAAAUACGUCGAGAACCCGAAUUAAAAGUAGACAGCUUGUCUUGAUAACGUUCUCAAAUAAUCGCGUGUAUGCAACUUAAUCGUUUUUGUUCUCAACGUAAGGACGGGGAUAGUAAACCGUCGGUCCCGUCUACCCCUUAUCAUUGAAACGGAUAAAAAAAGACAUCUUAAAAACGUUUUUAUUCAAGAAACUCUACGGAAUUUACUGCAAUGCGUAGAGUAAGAAGCUCCCUGUGUCGUUGGAGAGAUUCGUCUCAUGAAAUUAAAAAUAGCUUGUAACUGAAUUAAUCGAUUAAGUUGUCCAAGCGGGCAUCCAGUCCAAUGCAAUGGUUGAAAACAAAACAAAAAAGAAAAAUUAAAGACACUUAGCAGCGAAUAAGUGCAAAAGCUAAUUAGUUCUAAUUAGUUCUAAAUAGUUCUCGAUCUGCGGUAAAAAAUACCUGAUGACACCUCGCCUCUUAAUUUUUCCCUUCGCAGCGUAUCACUCAAUUACCCCAAACCGAGCAGCUUUUCACCUCCUUGGGUAGGCGUGGCAACACCCCUUACCCAGAACUCAACGCGGUAUGAGAAUUCGCUGCACCAAUAUGGCGGCAGAUGUUAUGGUUUUAUGAACUAAUUAAAAGGCGGACAACUGAAAAACUGGAUUGUUGAUAAACACGUGAAGAAUGGAGAACGAUGAUAUAAAGGAGGGUUUUAUUUGCCCCAUGUGUAUGAAGGAUUUGGGAAAUGCUUCUGUUUUGCAAAGACAUUUCGAGGAGAGUCAUUCCGACGACAAGGACGCUCUUCGCCGAAUGCGGGAGGCGUUUGGGAAAGCGAAGAGAAAGAUUAUAAACAAAUUAGAGAGUUCUGAACCUGAUGGAGCAACUUUGGAUUCUGUAAAUGGUGCUGUGGAAAAUCCUGUUAGCAGAGGAGUCGAUCCGUUUCUCUGGGACCAGCAAGAUUUCGGGCUUUCUCUUUUAAGGUCAGGAGUGACUGUGAAGGAUUCACCCGCAUUACCUACAAGACCAGGGAGAAAAUCUUUAGAGAGGAGGCUGGUGCCAUGGAUUGCUGACAGUGAAGUGAAGUCUUGCCCUCUUUGCAAGAAGCAGUUUAAUCUGGCUCGACGCCGGCAUCACUGUCGACUGUGUGGGGGAAUAAUGUGUGCAAAGUGCUCAGUGUUUGUGUCUGUCUCUUUUUCAGUUUCUGUGUUAAAACUGGACCAAACAGGCUCAAGCCUUCCAAGGAGGUUAAAGGGGCGCUCCAAAGAUGAUUCUGAUGAAGCUGGGAUUCGUGCUUGUCAAGCCUGUAUGGAUUGUUUAGAGAGAUAUGAUCGACAAGAAAAAGAAAAGAAAACAAAGCCGCCGGCUGUUCAAUUGUAUGAGAAAAUGAAGAGCUCUAUGACAGAGGCAGAAUUGCUUCAACCCACUUAUACCAAAAUGGCUGAUUCAAUUAAUAAAAAGAUAGCAGCUUUGGGAACUCAGGCUGAGAAACCACUAAGUCCCCAGGCAAUGAAACUCCAAAGAGGCAUAAGAGCUUUUGCUACAGGAUACCUACAAGAGAACAUGUUCACACUUCCAAAUCUGCCACCCGUGGACAAAAUUAGUAAACUUCAAGAAGAGAGGGCAAAAGCUUUGGCCAGAAAAGCAGCAGAAGAGAAGGCACAAAGAGAACGAGCCAUGCAAGAAAGGUUACGCGCAGCAAAAGUGCGGCAACAAGGACAUGGAGACCUUAAUAGAAAUGAGCCUUCAGGCAAGCUUAAGACUGCCCAGCAGACCCCAGAGUCUGUUGUAGGAAAUGGGUGGGGCCCAGUCCCCAUCACUCAAGGCUCCUCCCCAGACCCCAUGCUGCAGCAGAUGGAUAUUAUCAAAAGUUACAUAGUGCAAGCUAGACAACAGAAGAAGUAUGAUGAAGUUGAAAUGCUCGAGAGAAACUUAAUGGAACUCGAGGAGGAGUACUUUCGGCAGCAUCAAGGAAGAUAGCAAAUUAUAAGCAUCCUUUGGAAUACAUGACAUUAGUAUUUUUUGAAGGGGAUGAUUAAUUUUUGUAUGUGGGCAGCAAUUAUUUUCAAAGAAUCUAAUAAUUAAAUUAGUUUCUUUCUGUUUUUAAGGAAAAGUAAUCUUGUAAAAUAAAUAUAAAUUUUUGAAGAUAACCAGAUCUUUGCAAUUGUUUGCAGUUGUGUACUAGUGAGUUCACAGGCGGCCCAAGCUCUCUUUGAGAACCACACAUGGAACACAAUUUGCAUAUCGAUUUAUA